AUGGAUAAUGGGUUGCCCCUCGAAAACUUUUCUGGGCCGGGCGCCCACAGUAACGAAGCGGUGAUGUCAACCGGGUCCCCCGCCUUCCACGACCCCACCAUGGAAGUGCCUGGAGAGUCAGUGCGUGCUGCGACUCAUCGUGAUUCCAGCCCCACAGGAGCCUCAUCGAGCUACUGCGAGAACCAUCGCGGUGAUGCCGUGGGGUGCAAAGCAGGGAGGACGAGCUCAAGAUCCAGGGGUGGACGGGGGCAUCUGCCCAUUAUCAAUCAAUUGCGGAAAUGCGCUGGGAGAGGCGAGGCUGAAUUGUUGCCCGAGUUUGUGCCUGAGGCCAUUGCGGGCACCCGCGGGGCACUGCGCGAACCCAAUAGAAAGGGCAGGAGCUGGCUGGAAGAGGCAAGGUGGGGCGCGACAUUUCGAGAAGCUUCUGAGGAGCACGACGCCGGCCGCAAGCAAGGCUCUGCGCACCACUCAGCAGGCAACGCACCACCACAACCCGGUUGCUCGGCCAAGGCACCUCCCGCUGGCUAUUUCAACUAA